AUGGAUGGGGGGAAGCCUCUAAAUGCGAAGAAUCUGAAGAGCAUGGGCUCAAUUGACAAGGAUCUGGAAGCCCAAGGAAUUGAUAUCUCUGGGUUCAGCUUGGAAUGGCUCCCAGAUCAACCCCCUAACUUCUUGAAGAGAAAGAGGGAACCUUCUGAGAAAAAGAAGAAGAAGAAGAGUCUCAAGCUGGGAGAAUCUUCAGGGACUCAGAAGAAGCCUGCACCUAUGAGCUCUUCAGCACCAAAAAGGGAAGCUGUUGAAGCUAUUACUAAGGAGGCAGUUGAGAAAGUUGUUGCAGAAGCUGCAACUAGAGAACAAGCUGAAGUUGAAGCAGAAUUGGUCGCUAAAGCUGUUCAGAAAGCGGCUGAAGAAGAUGAGAAAACCACAUAG